AUGGAAAUACGAAGGCUUGAUGUGGGAACUUGGAGUGGCUUUAGCGAUAGAGAAUUACAGGGACUAAAGACAAAUACCUCCUCUAGCCCCUCAAGUGGUCCAGGAUCCGAACAAGAGUCUGUUAGAGGUGUACAACACAGUCUAUCAGAAGCAAAGAAACUGCCUCAGAAGAAUGAGGAGGCACCAAAGGACGAGUUGGUAAAUCUUCCGGAGCCAGGAGAGUUGUUUGAACAACAACUGAGACGUCGACAAGAAAUGGAGGAAGCAAAUAAAAAGAAGAAGAAGGUCCUUGAGGAUGCCCUUGUCAAGAGGUACCAGCAAAGUCAGGCAGAGUCUAGUAAACUAGCGGGAGUCAAGAGUGAGCUGGAGAGAUUGGAUCAACUGGUCACCAAAGAUGUGGCCAUUCUCAGGGAUAAGAUAGAGACAGCAUCCAAAGACUACACACUUGCCAAGCUAAGGUUUGAACAAGCUGAAACAGAAUAUGUGUCUGCCAAACUAGCCCUAGCCACUUGCCAAGAGAAGAAGGAUUUGCUGUCUCAGCAUUUGUGUACCGUCAUUCAAGAGAACGAACAAAGAAAAGCUGGCAAACUGUCCAGCCUCAUGACCCAAUUAGACAUUCACCAACAAUCUUAAUAAUUGUAUAUUUUAUUUCUCAAUCUCAAUUCUGACAAUAAAUUAUUAUUAUAUCU